AAAAUAUAUGUCAAAUGUCAUCAUUGAUGAUGUCAACACGUCAUCCUGUUGUGGAUUGUCGAUUUUCCAACUUGUUUUCAGAUUUUCAUGUGAAAAGUGCAAUAAAUAAAAGGAAUUCAGCAUGGUGCUCAUAGCAGCUACAGUAUGCACAAAAUCAGGGAAAGCUCUGGUUUCCCGACAAUUCGUGGAGAUGAACAAGGCUCGUAUCGAGGGUUUGCUUGCUGCUUUCCCGAAGCUUAUGACCGGUGGUCGACAACAUACCUUUAUUGAGACAGAAUCUGUCAGAUAUGUGUACCAACCCCUGGACAAGCUGUACAUGCUGCUCAUCACAACGAAGGCCAGCAACAUCCUCGAAGACCUGGAGACUUUACGGCUUUUCAGCAGAGUGGUGCCAGAAUACUGCACCCAGCUGACGGAGGCAGAGGUUAUAAAUCAAGCGUUCAACUUGCUGUUUGCUUUCGAUGAAAUUGUUGCCCUCGGCUACAGGGAGAGCGUCAAUUUGGCGCAGGUUCGUUCGUUCGUCGAAAUGGACUCGCACGAGGAAAAGAUCUUCCAAGCUGUUAGACAGACUCAAGAGCGCGAAGCGGCCAACCGCAUGCGCGAACGCGCCAAGGAGCUCCAGCGGGAGCGGCUGGAGGCGGCCAAGCGCGGGGCGCCGCGCGCGCACGCGGGCUUCGGCGGCGGCUUCGGCGGCGGACAGGCGGCCGCGCCCGACACCAGCGUCGACAGGCCGCCCUCCACGCCCGCCAGGGAGACCAGCCGCCCCGCCGCCCGCUCGGCCAUGAAGCUGGGCUCCCGCGGGACCGACGCGGACUCGUUCGUGUCCCGCCUCCGCUCCGAGGGCGACGUGACGGCCGCCACGCCUCCCGUGGGAACCGCCGCCACUGUUGAUAGGCCGGCGCCGGCCAAUCAGAAAGAUGUACACUUGCGGUUCGAAGAGAGGUUGAACUUGGUCGCAGGCCGUGAUGGUGAUAUACAAAACUUUGAACUUUCAGGCCUGCUGACGCUUCGUAUCACCAGCGAACAGUUCGGACGUAUUCAUGUGCACGUGGAUAACAAAGACACGAGGUCUUUACAAUUGCAGACUCACCCGAACGUAGACAAGGAGGCGUUCCGUUCUUCGGGCGUGAUCGGACUGAAGCAGGCGCAGCGGCCGUUCCCGCUGCACAGCGACGUGGGCGUGCUCAAGUGGCGGCUGGCGGGCGGCGGGGGCGACGACAAGAUGGCGCCGCUCUCGGUGAAUUGCUGGCCAUCGGAGGGCGCUAACGGCGGAUGUGACGUCAACAUCGAGUACGAAUUGGAACAGCCUCACCUCACUCUCUCCGACGUUCAUAUCAACAUUCCCCUGCCGUCUGGCAACACUCAAGUGGUGGUCCACCAAUGGGAGGGUAGCUACACGCAGAAGGGCAGGACACUGGUGUGGAGCAUUCCCGUGGUCAACGCUCAGCAGAAAACUGGCAGUCUUGAGUUUACGGUAACUCCAGCGAUACCGAACGACUUCUUUCCGCUGUCCGUCACCUGGACAUCAGAGACUUCCCUGGCCCAACUGACUGCUACAAAGGUUACCCAGGCGGAGGACGGCUCCCCUGUCGAUUUCUCCCAGGAGAUCAGCUUCCAUCCAGACAAAUAUGAAUUUGUUUAAAGUUAAUUGAAUGUGCCAGGGGAAUGUACCUAUUCGAAAGAUUUAUAUGUAUUAAUUAAGUACUGUACCUAAUUCAUGUAAUAAAUGAUAUUUAUCGGUUA